AUGGCACAUCUAACAGCAUCAUCAGAAACCAAAGAUAGUGAUGAUUGUCAGCUUGUAUCUUUCACGAAUAAAUUACCCUAUUAUGUAAGACAUCUAUGCAAAUCUACCAAUAAAAACAAAACAGCAGCAGCAGCAGCAGCGAACAUAUCAAAACCAAAAGAUCGUAAUAUUUCAUCUGAAGUGGACUCGGUAAAUCUAAAUGACAAAACACAGAAAUCUGUAGCUGUAUUUUCACUUUCAUCAUCUUCAUCAUCAUCAUCAAUAAACGAACAGACAGGAAUAUCAUCAUUAAUGUCAACACGUAUCUUACCAGUUGGUCAUUAUCAUGAUCAAGAUCAAACAACAUCAACAAAUUUAAAUGAAACAAAUUCAACAUCAUCAACAAUCAUGAAAUGUUUUAAUAGUUAUCGUGAACAAAUGCCAUUUACGUCAAGUUGUUCGUCAUCAUCAUCAUCGUCAACGUCAACAUCAUCGUCAUCAUCAUCAACAAAUCCUCCAACAAAAAAAGAUUUUCUAUCAUCAAUUAAAUCAGCUGGCCAUUAUCUUCCAACUGUUGAUACAUUAACAAUUGAACAAAAUUUAUUUAAUAUGGUUCGUUUUGAUGUUAUUAAAUCAAAUUUUUGUGAUUUUUAUCAACUGGGAGAUUUUGUUCGAAGUGGAGGAUUUUCAGAUAUACAUGAAGGAACUCGUAUAAGUGAUAAUAAACCAGUUGUUAUUAAAUUUAUUCCAAAAGAUAAAACAAAAAAUUGGUUAAUGGUUAAUCAAAAAAAAUAUCCAGCAGAAAUUUUAUUACAUAAAGCUGUGCAUGAAAUUCAAGGAGUUAUUCAUGUGUAUGAUUAUUUUGAGAAUGCUGAACAUUGGAUAUUAGUUAUGGAACGUUUACGUAAUUGUCAAGAUUUAUUUGAUUAUCUAGAAUCAAGAGAUCGUGGACGUCUUAGUGAAAUUGCAGCAAGAAAAUUUUUUCAUCAACUAGUUCAAAUUAAUUUAGCAAUGUUACGAAAAGGUGUUGUUCAUCGUGAUCUUAAAAGUGAAAAUAUUCUAGUUGAUCUUGAUACAGAAUCACUUGUAUUAAUUGAUUUUGGUGCUAGUGCUAUAUACAAAUCACCAGUAUCAUUUUAUUCAGAUUUUCAUGGAACAAAACAAUAUAAAUCACCGGAAUAUAUUUUACGAAAACGUUAUACAGGUGUACCAUCAACUGUAUGGACACUUGGCGUAUUACUCUAUGAUAUGGUAUGUGGUAGUUUACCAUUUGAAAAUGAAGAUGAAAUAACUGGAUAUAAAUUAGCAUUAAAAUCACAUUUAUCAGCUGAAUUGAAAAAUUUAAUUCAACGAUGUCUUGCACAAAAUCCUGAUAGACGACCAUCACUUGAAUCAAUACUUGAACAUACUUGGAUUAAAAAUUAA